UUCAAGUGCAUUCCGAGUUACUACGACGCGCCCAAUUACUUUCAUCCAAGAUAACUUCUUCAUGUUACUCAAUUUUUAUAUUCCAAUCCUUUAAUUAAAAUUCAAAACUUACAGAAACAAAAAUCGUCUCGUUGAAAAAUAAAAAUUUUUCCCUUCGUCCCAAGUGAAAUAAAUUCAAAAUAUGUUCAAAGUUAAUAUAAAACGACACUAAUAAAGAAAGUUAUUGAAUCGUUUAAAAAAAAAAAUUAGAAACCAGACGCCAUUUUUUUUUUUUGUUGUAAAAUUUUUCUAUUUUAGUGUUAAAUGUGUCGUGAUUUAUAUUUUGUGAGUAGAAAAACUAAAUUACUAUGUGACAAUAGUCUUUAUCCAAUUGUCUGGUGAUCGUCUUCUCAUACGUGCCGAGUAGUACAGAGCGACGUCAUCUAAUGUAAUGUAAUGUACUGGCACGUAGACGUUGACAUGUACUGUCAGUGUCACUUUUUUUUAUUUCUGAAUAAAAAGUUGACUUGUUUGACGUGUGAUCGGUGAUUUGUUGAUUGAUUGCUAUUUUAGGACAACUUGAGGAAACUAGUUUUUUUUUUUUUUUUUUUUUGAAUUUUUAUUUUGAAAUUAAAUAGUUUAAAUUGUUACAAUAAUUUUUAUUAAAUAAUGCUAAUAUGGAGCCUUGACAUCGUGAUCUGUUAUGUGAAAAUAAUUUUUUUUUGUUAAUUAAUCAAGUGCGUAAUUAAAAUUACUGCUAAAUGCAUUGUGAUUUUAAAAUUUAAAUAAAUUUUUUUAAGUGACAGUAAAAGUCGAACAAAAUGAAAACAAAAUUAUAGUUGAGUUUUACAUCGCUGAAAUUUUCGAAGGAACUGAAAAAUUCUUUAGCUAAUUUUCAUUAUUGUCGGCACGAGUUUCCGUUUCCUGGCGGCGUGUGUACAUCAAAAUGGAGUCAUCCUGGAUUUUGAAACAAAAUGGCCUCGUCCUCGUACUCGUCCUCGUCCUCGUCCUUGUUCUGGUGACUUCUGCGGAAGUUUCUGAAGAAAAUUUGUGCCAAAGGGUGGAAAACUAUACAGUGACGGUUAGAGAACAGUAUCAACAGCCGGUGCUGGUCACAACGACUUCAUGGUGUUUAUCUGUCCCACCGAGAUGCACUAGAGAUCAUAUUGAAAUGAGAACUCAGUUUAGGAUAAAGAGUGAAAUAAAAGAAAGGAAUGUUAGUGAUUGUUGCGAAGGAUAUGUCAAACAAAAAUAUCAAAUAAAUAAUUAUUACUCGGAAAAAUGUAUUCCGAUAUCAAACUGCACACCAGGGUUUAUUGGAGAUAAAUGUGAUAUUGCGUGUCCAGAAGGUACAUGGGGUAUCUCAUGCCAACAAACAUGCAAUUGCGGGCUUAAGGGUAUUUGUAAUCCGAUUAAUGGAACUUGUAGCUGUCUACCAGGAUGGAAAGGCUUAAACUGCACAGAUAAAUGUGACCCGAGUAAAUGGGGUCGCAAUUGCUCAAUGUCAUGCUUUUGUAUCGAUGGAUUUUGUCAUCAUGAAACGGGAAAAUGUAGCAUUCAAUCUUCGAUAGAUAUUUUUGGUAUCAAAAAAACGAAUGAUGAAAAAAUAAUAGAAACGACUGCUAAGUCUACUGAAAUUACCCAACUCAGGGGCAAUUCAUUUGAUAUUAAUUUUUAUAAUAAUAAUAAUGACUAUACAAGUACAGAGCUGCAAGUAGAGAGCAGUACUGUUACUACUGAAGCAACAUCAAAAUUGAAAGCGCCAGCAAUUAACUCAGUAAUUACAGCGAGCGAGAGAACAUUUACGACUUCAUCAAAUGUAUUAACAACUACAACAGGUACCCCAAUUCUAUCAACGACGUUCAUCGAUACAUCAACAUCGACAUCGACAUCGACCUCUUCAAACCGACCAAUCCUGGCAGUUCUCCAUAUGUCUGGAAAAUCUAUUCCGACCCAAAUGAUUACGAGCUCCAUUGGCACAGGAUUACAAGAUCCGCUGGGUGCUGAUAAAAUUCCAGUUCACGUUCCGAUGUCACUAGAUAUCAUAGCGUUUAUUGUUAUCGGGUCGAUAUUAUCUUUGGGAUUGACAAUAAUGGCAGUACUGGCAAUUCUUCAUGUCCGCGCUAAACUUUACGAGACUAUAAGGCUGUCAAUUUACGACGCCGAGAAACCGUCGGCUGGAGAACAUAAUAAUAGCAACACAUUGACAAGAACAAGAACAAUAACAUCAAUACCAAUACCAGGACCACCGGCAACUCUAACAGCAGCGGCAAUGUCCUCGACACUGACACGCGAAAAAGGAUACGACAGGCAUACGAUAAAUCGCAAUAGUCAUAUACUUACACCCGUACGUGAUUAUGAAACUCCAAGAUGUAUUAUUCCGGAGCGACCAGGUACAUUACCAAGACCAACUCCUAUAACACGUGAAUCGACGUAUUCAAAUCAAUAUCCAAAUAUUCAUUUAUUUAGUAAUUUGCGAGAAUUAUUAGAAGCUCAUUACGAUCGACCACCGGCUAAUUCAUUACGUCAAUUAACAGCAGAAUCAAAUAACGAAGCCGAGCAUCUCUACGACGAAAUUCCACUUCAGACAACGACAUUUUCAUUAAAAUCUAAUUCAUUUGAAUAAAUUUAUAAAUUAAUAUCAUAUUAAUUGAUCAUUAAUCAUUAACUAUUAAUUAUA